AUGCCCACAUGGAUGGGCCGCUAUGCGACUGUUUGCGCUACACCCGACACCGGCUACCACGUACUUAUUGACAAGCUUCUGACGAGCAUUGUGAAAAUCAUCGCCUUGGCAGAGGGCCUCAGCUCGGAGAGAAAGGCGGAGCACGGUGAGCGCUGCAGUUUGCUACUGCGCUUCAAGGAGCACAUCGGCCGAGAGAGGGGCAUGCUGGCAGCCAAGGGAGAAUCCAGAUGGGCUGAAGACGUUGAGGAUGGGGCAAAGAAACUUUUUGGAGAGACAACCGACGGCACCAAGAAGCUGUUGCAGUCGAUUUCAGAGGAUAAAUUGCUGGGGCAUGCGUUGGAAAGCAAGGUGCUUGUAGAUGCGUUGACAGAGAUGCACACUCUCUAUGACAAGGAAGUAAAGCAGAUUGAUUUCACGAUCCCCGCAGAAAAGGCGGUCCAAUGGUUUGAGAUCCUCACGCGAUGGAUAGAUGUUGCAUACGAGCACGUCCAGACAGAGAUCGAAGCACUCAGUGAAGACCUUCCAGAGGACAACAUUGCGCAGCCACGGGUGGACAUUGACUUGCGGGUGAGACUAGAGGAGGAUGUAGGCGACGAAGACUUACGACUCCUGCUAUCUGAUCUCAGAAUGGGCACGCUGCAAAAAGUCGUUGUCAUGGCCGGUGCUGGCAUCUCCGUCUCCGCGAAUUUGCCCGAUUUCCGUUCCAAGGGCGGCCUCUACGACCAGCUGCGGCAGAGCACCAAUAUCAGCUCGCCGGAGACCAUUUUCACCCGGGAAUUUCUGCAUUCUGACCCUGGGGUCUUCUUUUCCGUGAUGCGGCAGCUUCGUGCUGACCAUGUGUCUCCAACCUUCACCCACGGUUUCAUCAAGCAGCUGCAGGACAAGGGUUUGCUGCAGCGAUGCUAUACGCAGAACAUCGACUGCCUGGAGAGGAAGGUUGGCAUUGAAGAGCGGCGCUUGGUAGAAUGUCAUGGCACCACAGCGAAGGCCAAGUGUGAUGGCUGCAGGAAGAUUUACAGCAAGGAGCACUACUUCAACAAGGAGCUCCCUCCGAAGUGCGGUUGCGGGGGCCUCAUCCGCCCAGACAUCGUGCUCUUCGGGGAGCCUUUGCCGGAGGCUUUUCAGCAGCUCUCCAAGGAGGACUUCCAAACUGCAGACCUGCUGGUUGUGAUGGGCACCUCCUUGAAGGUGCAGCCCUUCGCAUCGCUGCCGAAGCUUCUGAAACCCAGCUGCGCGGUGCUGGUGAUCAACCGGGAGUUCCCACAGAGCCUACAGCUGCAUCGCCAAGUGCGCACCUUGCAGUGUCGGCUCAGUGCCACGAAGCUACGAAAGCACGUGUUCCUGGCCGGGGACUGCGACACCAGCGUGCGCUGGCUCAUGGAAGAGGUCGGAUGGAUUUUCCAGCGGACGGUCUCCGCCUAG